AUGCCCUCCCGGAAGAACGAUCUUAUCUUGGUGACCGGAGGAAAUGGCUUCAUCGGAGCCCAUGUUGCGAACCGCCUCGCUGGCGGUGGGCAUCGAGUGCGAGUGGUGGACAUCAACCCUCGCAGGUACAUUGAAGCUUCGUCCGGGAUAGAUAUCAUGAUCGGCAACCUCUGCGAUCCGACAUUCUGUUCACGCGCCAUAAAUGGUGUCAAGAUCGUUCUUCACUUUGCCGCUACCAUGGGCGGUAUGGGAGUGAUCCACUCCGCGAAUGAUUCCACUAUCUACAACGAGAAUCACACUAUGCUUAUCAAUGUACUCUCCGCAUCCCUCUCAGCUGGGGUUGCCCGCUUUCUCUAUGCAUCCUCAGCAUGUGUGUAUCCAGACACGCUGCAGGAGGUAGGGAACGUGGACGUCUCCUUGCGGGAGUCGGAUGUCUACGCAAAUAUGCCCCCCAAGCCGCAAGGCCUUUACGGUUUGGAAAAGCUACACGCUGAACACGUCCUACAGCAGUAUACGUCACGCAUGGAGGUUCGUAUUGCUAGGUUUCACAACAUUUUCGGUCCUGGUGGUUGCUGGAGAGGGGGACAUGAGAAGGUACCCGCAGCUCUCCUGCGGAAGGCCUUAGCUGCACAGCGCAUCGACGACUUCCCCGCAGACAUCGAGCUUUGGGGCGAUGGGUCUCAGCGGCGGAGCUUUUGCUUCAUCGACGAUGCCGUGGAAGCGAUCGUCCGCCUCCUGUGGUCCGAGUGUCGGGAGCCCGUCAACGUCGGCUGUGACCAUGCUGUCACUAUCCAAGAGCUUGCUGAAAUGGCCAUCCGAUGCGCAGGCUUGAAGCCGGAGCAGGUUCGGUACUCCUACGUCCUCGACAGGCCCGUGGGCGUAGGCUCCCGCAAUUCGAAUAACGAGCUCAUCCAAGAGCGACUGCGUUGGACUCCGACUACGUCUCUUGAAGAAGGAAUGACACGAACAUGGCGGUGGAUUGCGGAUGAAGCGGAUCAGAUGCUGGCGACUCUGGAGGGCUCCGAGCUUUCUUUGACGCUGGAACGCUUGCGAAGAAGCGAGAAGGUCGAUUUGCAGACAGAAGCGCACACUUUCGCCAUCCUUCUUCCAAUCACCUCGCGCGGAUCGUCCCAUCGAGAAGACUGUUUAGAUAACCUGCGAAAUUUCGCCCGCUCGUUGCUGUCUACGACUGCGUACGACAUCGGACGCCUCGGUAUGCGCUACCAUCUGCGCAUCUACCUUGCCAUCGACCACGACGAUGUAUUCCUUCUCGGAGACCGACCAGGCGGAGUCAAUCGAGCAGAGAGCAUGCUGCGUACCGAGGGUAUAUCGCAGAUUGAUACCCUCAUCUGCGAUCAUCCUCGAGGUCAUGUAUGCGCGCUCUGGCGCGAUUGUGCUCAGAGGGCAUGGGAGGACGGUUGCGAAUACUUCACGUUAAUGGGAGACGAUGUGACCGUGCAGGAUCCCAAUUGGAUGUCAGCGAUCGUCGACGUAUUCGCAGACAUUGCUGCACAGGAACAUGUGCCCGAUGGCUUCGGAUGUGUCGCCUUCACGGACACCUCCUUCCCUGGUAUGCCAACGUUCCCGGUUCUGAAUAGGAUUCACAUGGACAUCUUCGGAGGCCAAGUCAUCCCGGCGGUCUUCAUCAACCAAGACGGCGACCCCUUCCUAUAUCAACUCUAUCGCCGUUGGGGGUGCUCCCGGAUGAUCCCGUCCAGGAUCAACAAUAAGGUCGGCGGUAGCGAAGACGCCCGCUACGAGAAGGCGUCCGCCGCUGACUGGACUUUCGGUCCAUUGGACGAGGCGACGUCUACUGUCGAGGCUUGGCUUCGAUCUCGCAAUCCCAACGUCGAGAGAAAACUCGCUCUUGACGUGAUCAUUCCUUGUUACCGGGUUACUUUGACGUUCAUGGACAGAUUCCUUGCUCUGCAACCUUCCUCGACGUGCGUAGUGAUGUUCAUAGUCAUUAUCGACGACCCCCUGUCUCCCAAUAUCUCCGAGUUAGUGCGCAGAUACGGAAGUCGUCCAGACGUCCGUAUCCGUGUCAACGCGGCGAACCUCGGUGCAUCCGCAUCGCGCAACAGAGGCUUGCGGGAGUCCGCUGCCGAGUUUGUGCUCUUCUUGGAUGACGAUGUCACUCCGAAGGAGAACAUUCUCAUCGAGGCAGAGAAGGUGAUACGCGCUCAUCCAGAAGCAGCGGGCUUCGUCGGAAACGCGUUGUUCCCGGUCGCAGACACGAUUGCCACAGCUGCUAUCCACCUUGCGGGAGUGACGUACUUUUGGGAUAUCGCCAGCAAGAGAGCUGACGAUACAGACCUACCGUGGGGCGUCACUGCGAACCUCAUCGCACGUAGGAACGUGGCAGAUGGAAUUGAGUACGAUAUAGGCUUUCCUAAGACUGGCGGCGGUGAGGAUAUAGACUACUGCCGGAGGAAGCGCGACUAUUCCAUUUCCCAUGGCGGUGACGGGUUUCACGCUGCUCCAUCUGUCAUAGUCACCCAUCCAUGGUGGAACCUCGGCCGCAGGUCUUACUGGAGGUUUUACCUGUGGAGUAAAGGUGACGGCGGUCUGAUUGCCAGGUAUCCUGAAUUCUCUUACAGGGAGACGGUUCCAAACAGCGCCGAGCUCUUGGCGUGCUGCGUAGCUUUGGCGAUGGGCGGGUUAGCGUCCUCGCUGUUCCCUGCGACCGCCAACUAUUCCAUCGGUGUCGCGUACUUCGGAGUGCGGAUGAUCCUCGCACUUUUUAUGGCCAACAUACUCCAUGACCUGUAUCGCCACAUCUGGAGGAACGCUGAUAGGGUUGCUCAGAUUGACACGACUGUCACCGGAAUGCGCAAGAUUGCAGCCAUAGUCGAAAGCAGCAUCAUCCGGAUUUUCAGUGAGUUCGGUCGUUUGAUAGGCAUGAUAGAGAGGCGGGAAUUCAGGAACAUUGGUAUGAGCUUUGAUUGGUUUACGAAUAGAGCUGGAGACGGCCCCAGGAAGGAGGAGACUCUGAACAGAUUGCAGAGAGUUGGACUUUGGUUAUUCCUUGUGACGCUUGCAAUUUCCUUCGAGUAG